CCAAAUUCAUUGGCCGUUUGUAUCAAUCAAGAAAUCAAUAUUUCGCUCUCAUUACACAGGGCACUCUCGGGUCGCACUCACAACCACCAAUCGAUCUGAAUCCGCUUUGGCUCUCUCUUUCUAAUAUUAAAUUCAAUUUCUUGGUUAUUAUUCGCUUUAAUUCUGAUUUUGGUUGUUAAAUCUAACGCUUUUUGCAGGCUUCGUUGUUCUUGUUUCAGUUUUUCUUUUUCGUUUUUAUUUGCAGGGAAUUCUAUUUCUCGCUCUCUUUCUUUUUUAGUUUCAUAUAUCUUUUGUUGUUUGUGUAUUUAUUUUUGUGCUAACGGUAAUGAAAAUUCGAAGUGUUAAUACAUCUGCAUCUUCGAACAAGACUCAAUCGCGAAGCCCGCUUCAGGAACCGUUCCUUCAAAGACGGAGUUCACGGGAGAAUUUGGACCGGUUCAUACCAAACAGAUCAGCGAUGAACUUCGACUACGCGCGUUACAUGCUUGCAGAAGCAAGGACAGGUAAGGAAAAUCCUGCAACGGUCUCUUCCCCAUCCAGAGAGGCUUACAGGAAACAACUUGCUGAAGCCUUGAAUAUGAAUAGGACGAGAAUUCUUGCUUUCAAGAACAAACCGCCUACUCGCAAAGAGACAAUUUCGACUGAUUUUGCAUUGGCUACUCAUGAGGCCAAACCCUCAAAACCCCGUCGGCAUAUUCCCCAGACUUCCGAGAGGACUUUAGAUGCUCCUGAUAUUGUGGAUGAUUACUAUUUGAACCUAUUAGAUUGGGGCAGCAGCAACGUUCUCUCCAUUGCUCUUGGAAAUACCGUGUAUAUGUGGAAUGCAUCUAACGGUGCUACAUCAGAACUUGUCACAAUUGAUGAAGAAAAUGGUCCUGUUACCAGUGUCAAAUGGGCUCCCGAUGGACAGCACAUUGCUGUUGGCCUGAACAACUCGGAAGUUCAGAUAUGGGAUUCGACAGCCUCUAGACAGCUGAGAACUUUGAGAGGUGUUCAUGGGUCACGAGUUGGAGCUUUGGACUGGAACAAUCACAUUUUGACUACUGGAGGCAUGGAUGGUCAGAUCAUUAACAAUGAUGUUAGAGUGAGGGCACAUAUUGUUGUAACUUAUAGAGGACAUACUCAAGAAGUUUGUGGGCUUAAAUGGUCAGCCUCCGGCUCGCAGUUAGCAAGUGGCGGAAAUGAUAAUCUGCUCCACAUAUGGGACAGAUCCAUGGCUUCUUCUGAUUCUCCAACACAGUGGCUGCACAGGCUCGAGGAACAUACUGCCGCUGUCAAAGCUCUUACUUGGUGUCCUUUCCAGGGUAAUUUACUCGCCUCUGGUGGGGGUGGAAGUGACCGGUGCAUAAAAUUCUGGAACACGCACUCUGGUGUGUGUUCGAACUCGGUUGACACUGGCUCACAGGUGUGUGCUCUAUUGUGGAAUAAAAAUGAGCGCGAAUUGCUUAGCUCUCAUGGGUUUAUAGAAAAUCAGCUCACUCUCUGGAAAUACCCCUCCAUGGUGAAAAUAGCUGAGCUCACUGGGCAUACAUCAAGAGUUCUUUGUAUGGUUCAGAGUCCGGAUGGAUGCACAGUUGCAUCAGCAGCAGGAGAUGAAACUCUGAGGUUUUGGAAUGUUUUUGGGACACCUGAAGUGGCAAAACCUGCACCCAAGACAAACUCAGAGCCAUUUGGUCACUGGAACAUUCGAUGAUUGACAUGAGAGAGCAAAGCAGAUUAAACUGCAUGAAAUUGUAAGAUCGAAGAAAACAAAAAUGAUUAACAAGUCCAUAGGGGGUUUCUACUGACAACUACUCAUGUUGGGUUCUGCAAUACCACCCCCGCAAUGCCUUUUUUUCUAAUGCCUUUGUAUUUUCUCAUGUGAAGUUCAGUUACACUGCUCAUUGUCUUUUAAGCUACACAAGUCCAUAGGUACAAUUAUGAGAAUGACACAAGAAUGGAGGCUUCUUCUUCUGAUGAUGUAAGCUCACCAUUGGAAUAUCAACUUUAUGGAAAUGGUAAGAAUGGAGGUGAUGCUCUGUCCAGAGGUACUGAAAAUAAACUUCUGGAAAGAAAGGUCUCCUUUCUCUGUUAAACAAUCUUUUUAUAUCAUGUUUUUCAUUGUUCGUCCUUGCAUGUCCUUUUGUCAUUUGGCAGUGACUGCUCUUCUGGACUUUUAAGUGGUCCUGUAAGGAGCUUCCCCAGUGUUGGGGAGGUCAAUAAAAUUUAUUGAUCCUAUCAUUCAAUAGAUAUUCAUGUUUUACGCUAAAUACCACAUUUUUCUCGUCUUAAGGCAACUAUUUUGGCUGGGUUACUUUUUUUGCUCUUUUUCUUUUUUAUUUUUCAUAUUUUCUUUCCUAUAGAAAGCAUGUCCAAAAAUUUUUGGCCACCGAAGAUGCACAAAACAAAACUGCAGAAGCUUGAAACUUGAGUCAACUUUUUUUGAAUCGUUGUUGCUGGAACGUCACAAAAUAUGAGCAGCCUCAGACAGCUGGAGUUAAUAUUCACUCUGUGGUAUGCUAUCUUAGGGGUACCUCUCCGUUAUCAUAAUUACUACGAUGUUUUGUAGCUACAACUCUUGUAAAUUCUAGAGCAAAUUUGAUAUUUGCAAAGACCAUGUGACGUAAAAUAUUCAGAGGUGCUAACUUGUGGUAGUAUGCGCAAUUAAAUUAAAACUUAUCCUACUCAUGUACUAAGUUAUGAGAUAGAAUUUUUUUGCAUAAUAAAAGUGAUGAGGACAUCUUUUAUUUUGUAGUUGGACUUACUAUUUUACUUAUGUGUUUAGUUGGGCUUGUACGUUGGGGUUGGCCCAAGCUCUUUUUCUUUAUGUUUAUUGCUUUGCUAUUUAUACUUGGUUUGUUGUUUAAUUUGGACACAAUGAAGAUGCUGAAUUGAAUGAAAAUAAGCUUCGCUUCUCCUGCCUUCGCCUCUUGUUCUCUUCUUCUCCGGUCUUCUCCCCCCCAUUCUCUCCCUUCCUCUCCACCUUUCUUGCUGCCUAUUUCUUCCUGUGACUGUGAUUAUUUCUUGAUCUAUAUAUUGAUCCUACAUCAACUUGGUAUCAGAGCUAAAUCUGGCUUCCUUCACCCACUAUUGAAAACCCAAUCAAUUUACUCUCCCGCCAACAACGCUGCCACCAUCUAGAAAUAGGCCCAAUCCAUACAUACAACCAGUAUAUCCAUCACCUGCUACUGCAACUCCCUUUUCUGGUUAACCAGUGCUGCCAGAGAAACCACCACGUCCUUUCACUAUCGCCCGAAAUUCACUCAACACCCAAACUUCCUCCACCACUACAACCCCCACCAAAUAAUUCCAACAAACACGACCACCAUAUCCAAUCGCAAAAUCGCCACCAGUCUCUUACAAAUCGACCUAUGUCCAACUUCAUGUUACAGCAAUUGCUACUGUACCCAGCCCCAAACAAAUCGACCGCCGACAAGAACUGCAUACCCACGACUGAUGACACCAUAACGGCCAGUACCUUCUCCCAAAUCACGAACACCACUCAGUAGAUUCUACAACCAACUCCAUAAAAUCAAAAGAAAUCCACAAAACCCACCCACCUUGUUCAGUCACCACCUUUCCACCUCCCCGAGCUCUGGCGACCCAAAAUCGACCCACCAUUCUCCCAGAUUUCGAGCCACUACGACGCCAACCAGUACAAACACCAGUUGUUCUCUCUCGUCGACAGCCAGGGUCUACCAAUUGCCGCUGCUGCCUAUUUCUACAGAUAAGGCUGUAAAUAUUGGGGUCAUUUCACGUGUGAAAAGAAUCGGGAGUUAAUCAAAAGUUUUGUUUGGGCUUUAGUAUGUUGUUGUCUUUAGUUUUGUUUUGGGCCACUGUUUCUAUCCUUGUUUUGGCCUGUUUAGUUUGCAGCUUAAUUAAAAAAAAAAAA